GUUCACUAAGAAAUCUUCAUUCUUUUAGAACAAAAAUCAAGCUCGAAAUCGGAUCUGGCUCUUGUUAUAUUUUCCACAAUUCAAACAUUUUCUCAAGAAAUGGACACCAUAUUGGAAGAAGAUUGUCUUGCUUUUGACCUCAACAUGGCUCCUGCAAGAAAUACUAGUGACCCCCUGAAGCCAGAGUUUGAUGAUGGUCAUGAUCUUGUUCUUGAUGAAAGCAAGUCAACGUCAGGGGAAGAACAGCCAGAUAUUUUGAUAGACCAAUUAAACCAGAUAAAAUCAGAGAACAAGAAGUUGAAGGAAAUGCUUAUUGACCUUCGCGAAAAUUAUCAUAUUUUGCAAAGCCAUUUCAUUGAUUUGGUGCAAAAGUACUCCGGAGAUGAGCUGCCUAAAUCAAGGAAGAGGAUGUUUGAAGCUGAAAACUCUUUCAAUACCCAUGCCAAUGAUGGUUAUAAGGAUAGCGUGCUUGAAGAAGGUGGAUCACCAAAAAGGACAAGGGAAAUCAGGACAAAUAUUUCAAGGGUUCAUGUGCGUGUUAAUCUAUCUGAUACAAGCUUAGCAGUGAAGGAUGGAUAUCAUUGGCGAAAAUAUGGACAAAAGGUUACCAAAGAUAAUCCAUCUCCCAGAGCCUAUUACAAGUGCUCUUUUGCUCCAUCUUGCCAGGUGAAGAAAAAGGUACAAAGAAGUGUAGGAGAUCCAUCAAUUUUGAUAGCUACAUAUGAAGGAGAGCACAACCAUCAACGCCCUUUGAAUGCUGAAACGUUGGUUUCAUCAGCACAUGGUGCUGCUUCUGCAGCUUUUUCACCUGGCUUGAAACGCUUCGAGUUUUCUUCGAGGCCAAAGGAGACAGUUGAUUUCACCAAUCAUGGGUUGUGUGCUAAAUUUCAGAGGUCAGUUUCGGAAAUUGGAAGCAACUCUAUUGAACAGUUAAUGGUUGAACAAAUAGUUUCUUCAUUGACAAGGAAUCCCAGUUUUACAACCGCACUUGCAACAGCAAUUUCAGGAAGACUUUUGAGUCGUGAUUCUGAUCAGGAGAAAUGAGUUUAAAGCUUUCGGCUACUUAGGAAAUUUAGAAAGCCUUGCGACUGCACCAUAAAUAAACACACAUACACACGCACACGUAUGUUUGUAUGUAUAUUUGGUGGAAAUCUUUUGAAAUAAUUACUACGCCACGUUUUGUAAUUUGAUG